AUGGCAGGACCCUGGCGGUUCCGCGCCGCGCCCCUCGCGCUCGCGCUCAUCCUGGCCGUCUUCUGGGCUCCGGGCAUUUCUGCAAACCGGCGCCUCCUCCACGGAACGACCCAGCAGAGCAGCACGUGCUCGUGUGGCCAGCCGAUGGACCAGUGCGACUUCUACAUGGACGGCUACAAGGACAAGUGCCCCGUCAUUACGUUCGGCCCGGGGAGCUGGGACAUGUCAUGCAGCGUCAUGAGCUCCUGCUGCUCCGGGGACUCGAGCGUCAGCUGCGGUAACCAGUUCUACGCCAACCGGAACCACAUCGCGUCCAGAACCGUCCAAGGGGCCGCUCAGAGCUUUGAGGGCCUGUGCAUCAAGCUGGUCCUCACCCAGGUCGAGCUCGCGCCCAACGACUUCAACCUGAACCAGGGGGACGGCAACAAGCAGUACCCCGAGGAGCGCCGCUGCGUCAUCUUCCAGACUGCCUGCGCGUCGUCCUACUCCCCCCCCUCUUACACCCCCCCUUCCUACUCCCCGCCCUCUUACUCUCCCCCGUCCUACUCUCCCCCCUCUUACUCGCCCCCUUCCUACUCCCCCCCUCUUACAGUCCCCUUCCUACUCUCCCCCUUCUUACUCGCCCCUUCCUACUCCCCCCCUCUUACUCCCCCCUUCCUAUUCGCCCCCGUCUCAGCCCCCCCCUUCUUACUCCCCGCCGUCCUACACCCCCCCAUCGUGCCCUUCCAGCAACUGUCCCCCGUCCCAGUCCCCCCCCUCUUAUUCCCCCCCAAAGCCCUACUCGCCUCCGUCCUACUCCCCAAAACCGAAGCACCCUCCGCCCAGCCCUACUCAGUACGAGUCGCCUCCCGGCUACAGUAG